CGUUCGUUAUCUGCAAGGAGGAAGAGGUGGUGUGUUUGGGCUUCUGGGGAUGUUUGUAUUAAGCAGAGAGCUUUUUGCAUAAUGGAGCUGCCGGACACAAUCAGAAGACGAUUAGAAGACUUUUCUCGAAAUGUAUUGUUCGACCAGAAUCGGACGCAAACUAUCACAAAGGAGAAUGACACGUUUUUGCCUCACGACAAGCGGGUUCUGUCUGGUCUCCAUCUCCAGAUGUCUCUCUACUUUAACAUGUGGUUCUUCCCUCUGUGGUGGAUCAGCGAAACUGUAAUGCUGCACCUCAAGUAUUCUGCCUUGACAGACUACUAUAAGUUCAUCCUGGUAACUGUUCUCAUCUUGAUGACCUUGAUUGAGGCCAUCAGACUCUUUCUUGGUUAUUCAGGGAACCUGCAAGAAAAGGUCCCAGAGUUGGCAGGAUUUUGGCUGCUGAGCAUCCUGCUGCAGUUUCCACUGAUCCUGUUUCUGCUCUUUAAUGAAGCCAUCCUCAUACAGCCGCUGGAGCGGGCUGUUCACAUAGUGCUCGCCUUAUUUAUACUGUCACAGGCUCUCUCUGGUUUUGUGGCUCUCCGUGACAUGGUCAAACACACUCAGAGCCAGUUUCAUCUCCGACAGUUUGACUGAAUUUGGAGUUCCUGUAUCUAACAAACCACAAAACAACCCUACACCAUAGCAGCCUUACAUCAACAUCACUCAGACUCACAGGGGGGCAACAGAAAUUUGGCAUGCACAUGAACUGUUUCUUCAGAACAAAAGACAUUUUCUUUUCUAUAUGUAAAUAAAUAGAUGUUUGAAUAAGA